CCCACUCCCUCAGAAAAAAAAUUUUUAAAUUUCACCAAAAGCAAUCGUUACUUGCUGUUCAUUGAGCGAUUCUUCUCUUCAUACUUUCUUCCCAUUUGGAGUUUGUUAUUCGUGAAACAACAUCUUUUGAUAUUUGAAAUGUACAUAAAUGAAGCGUUCAAGACCAAGAAACCUCGAGAGUUGUCUUUUCUUGCGGAAAACAAAAGCAAGCCCACCCUUGCAAAGGGUGAAGAGAAAGUUGCCAAACUUUGUCACAAGGACCCUAAUGGAGCAUCACAAGAAAAGAUCCAAAUAUUCUUAAAAGAACAACCAGACCACGAGAAAAAUAGCUUUCCAGAUAGUAUUCCGACAGUUUGGAAUGAGAAGGAGGACAAACACUCACCUUCUUCAAUGAAAAAACCUCAAAUAGAUCAACUACCCCAUACAAAGAGCUGUGAAAAAGGGAUUCCAUUCAUUGAAACUCCUCCAUCUUAUUCGAUACAACAACCGGUGAAUAACCCAUCAUCGUCUUCAUGGAAUAUCCACAAGGCACCGGAAGCUACUGCGCAUGUCAAUUGUUCAAACUAUUCUUCUUCGACACAGGAAGAUAAUAACAAUGAAUGGAUAAAAUAUGAUAAAAGCCUUCUACCUGACCACUUUUCAUUCUUGUUGGAUGUUCUACAAGGAUUAGAAAGCGCUUGGAUUCUUCUUCGUUCGAGAAGGCAGUUGGUUCUCUUCAGUAGAGUCCAACCUAUCGUUCAAAGGACUCUCAAAAGAACACUUCAUUAUAAACAUGUUUGUCAAAUUGCGAACUUAUGUCCGGACUUACUGAAACUUUCAAAAUGGAAAGAGUCAAGUGAUGACGUUGAAUUGAUAAUCUGCGAUGUGUCUCAACUCAUUUUGCAAGGCGAGGCAACCAACGCCAAAACGGCUAUUGCUGCUCGAAGAAUAUUGCUUCAUCGCAAGUUGGUAGAAUGUUUCGAACAAGGGAUGCUACAACUGGAUACGAAUGAUCCCUGUAAAAGCCAAAAUAACCAACAAGACGAAACAAACUGUAGCCAAUUCUCAUUUAAGAGAAGCAAUGACAGUUUACAAGGAAAGGAUGACUCUUUACCGAAAAAAUUUCUGAAAACAGAUGACAUCUUCGACGAUAAUAAGCCAACACAGUUAUCUUUGAAGGAUUCAUCCAUCUCUGAAAAGUUAUUAAAGAAAGUUCGUGAAAGAGAACGUCGAGAAACACAGCAAGCUACUAUGAAAGAACAACAGCGAGAACAAAUUGUAUUAAGCAGACUACCUAAACUCGCAGACGCCAUUCGAUCUAUCUUUAUAUCUUCAAAAAAGACAGUCUUACCAUUUGACCUUUUAUUACAGCAACUGAAAGGUCAAGAAAUGAUUCCGUUUAGUCAAGAAGAAUUUUCAGAACAAAUUUAUGAAAUAGUGAAAAGGAUUCCACAGUGGCUGCAAAUAGAAGAAAAUAGAAAUAUCAAAGUCGUCAAAUGGAACAAUCGAAUUCCUUAUUUCUCAUUACGAAAACAAUUGACGGCCACAUCCAUCCCUUAAACUUGAGGGUGCGCAUGUGUUUGAGG